CGCAGGGAACUUUGCCCCGGCUGCCUCAGCUCCCCCAUGACAGCAGCAUGGAAGAAUUUUUGCAGCGCACCAAAUCCAAGCUGAACCGGAGUAAACGCCUGGAGAAAGUCCACGUUGUUCUUGGGAGUAAAUCCUGUGACUUGGAUUCCCUCGUUUCUUCUUUAUCAUAUGCCUACUUCCUAGAUAAGGUCAGUCCUCCUGAUGUUCUGUGCUUGCCAGUGCUGAAUAUACCAAGAAGAGAAUUUAGCUACUACACAGAAACAAGGUUUAUUCUGGAAGAACUGAAUAUCCCAGAAUCAUUCCAUAUAUUCCGAGAUGAAAUCAACUUACAUCAGCUGAAUGAUGAAGGGAAAUUGUCUUUAACACUUGUUAACAGCAACAUGCUGACAAGUGAUGAUAAAGGUUUGGAGUCAGCUGUUGUCAAAGUCAUCAGUCCAGAUGAGCAAUGUGAUGGCAGCCUGGAGUUACAAGAGUCUUCUUCCUCACUAGUAGUAAAAGAGAUUCUUCAAGAGGCACCAGAGUUAAUCACUCAGCAACUGGCUCAUCUCCUCAGAGGAAGCAUUCUCUUCAAGUGUAUGUCUGUGGAACCUGAAAGAAUUACAGAGCAACAAGAGAAAAUGCUGUUAAUUCUAGAAGAAAAGUUUCCAGAUCUACCACCUCGAGAAGAAAUCAUCUCUGUUUUUCAGGAGACCCAGUUGAAUGCUCAGGGUUUAAAUAUAGAGGAAGUAAUGCUGAAGGAUCUCAAGGAGCUAUCAGAUGGAGAAAUUAAAGUAGCAAUUAGCACUGUGUACAUGAGUCUUGAGGAUUGCAUGUUUCACAGGAAUAUCUUUGGUGACCUGAAAGCAUUUAUAGAUAAAUAUACUUUUGAUGUACUUGUUAUUUUGGCCAACUAUUUAACAGAGGAAGAGCAGACAAAGCAACAAAUAGCGGUGUACUCGGAAAAUGUAGAGCUGUGCAAUCAAAUUUGCUGUGAGUUAGAAGAAUGUCAGAAUCCUUGUUUGGAGCUGGAUCUUUUGGAAUGUGGAUGUGACCAAAUCCUCAUUUAUCAGCAAGAAAAUUCUUCAGUCACUUGUGAUCAAAUAUUUUUAUUAAUUAAGGAAGUUAUCAAUAGGAGACAACCAGAAAUGGUAUCCAACAGCAGAACUUCAUCUACUGAAGCUGUUGCUGGGAGUGCACCACUUUCACAAGGUUCUUCUGGUAUUAUGGAGUUGUAUGGUUCAGACAUAGAACCACAGCCCAGUUCUGUCAAUUUUAUAGAAAAUCCCCAAGACCUCAAUGGAUCUAUCCAAGCCCAGGCUGAUGUUAAUAUAGACCUUGUGAGUCCAGAUAGUGGGUUAGCUACCAUUAGAAGCAGUCGGUCUUCCAAGGAGAGCUCAGUUUUUCUCAGUGAUGAUAGUCCAGUUGCAGAAGGUGCUGCAUCUCAUCACAGUCUCCUUCCUGGUUUUGAUUCUUACAGCCCCAUUCCUGAAGGGGCCAUAGCAGAAGAACAAACAGCUCAGUCAAGAAACAGCAGUGAUAACUUUGAUCUUUUCAGUUUUGAUCUAGCACCCAUGGUUACAGUUCGAUCUGAGUCAUCUUCUCGUUCUGUUGAUUAUUCCCCAGCAGAUGACUUCUUCCUCAACAGUGAUUCAUCAGAAGGACAACCACCUACUGUUCAGAAAGAACUUGAUGAGACAAAUCUAUUAGAAAAUGACAUGGUUAAUUAUUCAACUGAUUUACUAAUGAAAACUAAUGAAGAUGACAAUUUAGUAGAGUUUGAUGGUGAAUUUAACCAUAGGCAAGAAAAUCUUGGAGAUAUGUCUGAAAAAAGUUCAAGUUUGAUUGAUUUAGUGGAAGGUGAUUCAUCUUCGCCAGAGUUAUUGAAAGUUGUUGAAACAAGAAUUCCACCAACUCCUAUGAACAGUCUUGUAGAAACAUCACCUUUAGAUAAUGGACCACCCCUGUUUUUCCCACAAGAUGUAAUUAAGAAAAUUAAUGAAAUAGAUGGUGCAAACUAUUCUCCAUCUCGUGUUAGGUAUGGAAGUUGGUGGGAUGGCUUUGAUUUAGAUACCAAAAAUGCUGAUGCAUGGAGUUCAAGUGAGCAGGAAUCUGUAUUUCAGAGUCCUGAUUCAUGGAAAGAUCGUAAAAUGAGUCCAUUACUACGGGAACAUUUUGACAGAAGAGCCUCAGAUUCUGUAUUCUUCCAGAAACAAUCAAGGCAGAUGGAAUAUUCAAGAGUAGGUCUGUGGGAAAACCAGUUUAACCCAGUCCAGGACAAACAGAGCCUAGAACUCCAGAAGAAAACUACUGAACAUAGUUGUUUGCAAAGUGAGUCUAUAGAGGAGUCUAAGCAACAAAUGGAGGACUUCACUGAUUUGUGGAAGUCCAAUGAACCAACACCAGAUCCAUGGUACAGUACUGUAGGUGAAAAUGGGCAACUUGAUGCAGAAUCUUAUGAUGUUUGGACAAAGAUUGAUCAUGAUGCCACAGAGCCCUUGGAAAAUGCAUGGAACGUGCCCAAACUGGAUACUGAACAAACUUCAACAAGGAAUCCUGAUGCGUGGGUCAUGUCCCAAACUAGUUUAUCGGAUACUUCAGAAAUCACUGCAGACAAUGAGUCUGAAAACCCAAACAAUCAACUAUCACCAGAAGCCUGGAAUAAUGGGAGAGGCUAUUUAGUGGAAGAAUUCAGAAUAUCUGAAAAUACAAGUUCUAAUAUGGAUGGUGUGCAGGACAAUCCUGAACUAAGCAUAGAAAAUCAAAAUGUUUUAAGUGACACUAAACUGAGACCAAAACAAUUUGAAAAGAUGGAUGCAUUGGAGCUGUAUGAUAAAAACAUGAAGAAAGAAGCUCUGGAAGCUCUGGUUCCCUGGGAAGGCUCUUUUUUGUCAUAUAAAUGCUCAGACCUUAGUUCAUCAAAUGGGGGUGAAGAGUUGGUUGUUUCUCCAUUAGACACCAAUUAUUCAACAUCUGACUCAUAUGUUUCACCUACAUUUAUAGAGGAUGAGAAGGAAGGUGAAGAAAGGCAUUUUUAUGAAGAAACAAUUUUUGAUCAAGCAAUUAGCUCAAAUGCAGAUGAAUCUAGUUUUUUUGAGGAAACAGAUAAGGCAUCAUUACCGCAAGCAUGUACUAGAAAUAUACCUUAUGCAAACCCUGGAAAUGUGGACUUGUGGGAUUCACCUCUGAAUAAUGGCAGCCAGUGGAAAGCAGAAAAUUCUGAAAUUCUACCAAACACUGAUAAACUUUUACUUAAUUCAGAACAAAUGCUUACUCAACAUUUUUCAGCAGAUGAGGAAGUUGGUGAAAAUAAACAUUUUAAUGCUGAAGACCCUAGAGUGCCACUUGUAUUUAAUCAAACAAAGAAUCACUUACCUCAGCCACAUAAUGAAUUGAAUGCCAGAGAGACUGCAGCUGAAAAAGAAGAAAUAGGGAGCAGGGGCCCUGAAGAGGACAUUGAGUUAUCUACAAGUUCAGACAGGGGUAAACAUUUGGACUUGGCAACAAGUAACUCAGAAAGUGAGAUUUCACAUAAAGAUCAAACCCAAGAAAGUAUUCAUAAGGAUUCAGAGCAGAGUACUCAGCUUUCAGUGCAGCAGUUGAAUCUGUGGAGUGUACCAAUUCAACAGAGCCAUCAGGCAGGAUGGGAAAAUUGUGGUACCUCUCAGCAGCAAGAAGAUGAAAAUACAAGAAUGAAUGAGGCAAGUGGACAGUUAACCAUUAGGAACAUUUGGACUGUGCAAGAUAGUGAUGCAUCCCCCUUAAUACCAUUCAAACCGCCCUCUGGUACAGAUUCAGAGGAAAGCAAGUCAAAAUCUGAAAUUCCUAGCUCACCAGAAAAAAUAAGAAACCGUGGCAGUUUUGAAGCUCUGGAAAUAGAGAAAUCAGAAAUAGAAAUGCCACUUUCUAAUCAGACUAGUUUUGUCAAUCAGGAAGAGAGGAUUAGAUCAUUACAGAGCAACGCAGAGUCUUCUUCAAUAAUUGUUGAGACAGAAGGACAUUCUGGGGAUUUAGAUGUACAUAAUCCACAAAUGUACAACCAUAGUAUAAUACCCCAGUUACUUCUUAAAAAUACUGAUAAGGAAGGUAUAGAGGUAGAGGACGCAACAAGUCCAGAAAUGGGAAGUGCCUCUGAAAGCUCUGAUAGAGGGGAGGCUAAUCAAGAAAUGCAUUCUCCAACAGUGCUUGACAAUCUGGAUAUCUGGAAUGCCACUGUGAAGAGUAGCUCUCACUCUGCUGCACCAAGUCAUUUGAUAAAUAAAGCAUCAGAGGUGUUAAGAGAAGCUCACGAGAGUUUAUCUGAUGAGGUCCCUAACAAUUUAGACAUUUGUAAGUUUGAAUUAGGUUCUUCUGAAAAUAGUCUCGAGUUAGGGUCUGAUACUGAAAAAUCUUUUGUGAAUGAAACUCUGAAGAUUAAAUUGCAAGAGAAUCCCUCUUCUGGAUAUGCUGAAGUUCAUGGUAUUACAAAUAUGCCUAUGAGGGAUAAUUCAUUUUUACAUGGAAUAGAUUCUGAGAGAAAUGAAGCUUCUGAAAGUUUAGAAAUGGAGAGUAAACUUCUAGACAAGGAAGAUGUGGAUGUCACAUCUCUUCAUAAUUUCCCCCAAACUUUAAGUGUUUGGAAUUCACACAUGCAUGAAGAUGUACAGUCCCCUGGAGCAACUCCUGAGACAAGUGAGGUUCUUGAUGUGGCAAACACCUGGAGUAGCCUAUCCAGAGAUCUAAAAAUCAAAAGUUAUUGUGAAGAGGAGAAUGUAUGGAGUGGUUCAACAAAUGAUUACACCUAUUCAAAUACAACAAGCCCUGAUAUAAGUGAUGCCUCUGUGAAUGUCUGGGGGGUCAUCCCAGCUACCAAUAAUCAUAGAGAAAAUAAAGAGACCUGGAACAUUACACAUAAUGAGAAAUUAGAAGAGACUCCUGAAAUAAAGAUUCCUGAAAAAAAGAUGUUUGAGACUAAAAGUCAAGAAGAGUCUGAAACAAGCACUGAUCGCAAAGUUCCAAUACAUUUAGAUUUCUGGAAUGCACAUGUAGAUGACGAUACAGUAUCUUCCUUGUCAAGUCCUGAAGUAAAUGAGGAUUCAGAGAAAUCAGAUGCUCUUGAGGCAGAGAUAGAAGCAGAUUCCAACCAGGGAGCAAAUGGACAUAAAGUUCUUGAACUACAUGGGCCUUAUUAUGCACAGUCUGAUGCAACAAGUCCUGAAAUAGAUGAAAACAGUUCAGAGGAUGAAACUAAAUUAGAAAAAGAGGAGGAAAUGGCUAUUUUGGAUAACAGUUCUGAAAACAUCAAAGCAUGGACUGUAACAAAGGAAAAUGAUAUUACUCACUCACCCAUGUCUGAUCACAGUAUACCCGAGUCUUCUGAAGGCUUAGAACGUAAGGAAACAAUUCAGAGAGACGUUCAAGGAAAUGCAGACAGUGGCAAUCCAGACAGUUCAGGUGUCUGGAAUUCAUGCCAGCUGAGUGGUGAUAUGUCACCAACUCCUGCAGCACAUCAUAAGGAAGAGUGCUCUUCCAAGGAUUCAGAUACAUUGAGAAUAUCAUUGGAAACUGAUUCUAAAAUAGAACAAAAAUCCAGAGUGGAAACAUCUGGAUUUCCAGAUGAUAAUUUCGGAUGGUGGAAUUCAGAAAUGCAAGCAGUUGAGACCGUGGAAGGCCAAUAUUUUAAUUCAGAUAAUGGCUUAGAAAUUAAUCAGUUAAACACUAAACUGGAUGCAUGGGGAUCACAUAUACAAAGUGAAGAAUUAAAAGAUACGCAUCGAACUGACACAGGUAGCGAUGGAAAUCAUUCACCCCUUCUGUACUGUGAAGAACAACAACAGGAAGACCGGGUGCACUCCAUGAAUAUUCACAAUAGUCAAAUGGAUCAAGACCCUCUGCUGUUUAAAGUGUAUGAUCCAUUCAUACUUUGUAAAGAAGAAAAGGAUUUAAAAGAGCAGCCAUUUGCUAUAGUGCAGCAAGAUCAUGACCAUACUAAAAGUCCUGUUGUAGAAGAGUGUCAACUGGACAUACCAAACAUAUUGGCUCAGGCAAACUCAGCAAGAGAUUAUGUGGAUAUGAUACCCAGUACUUCAACUGGAGAGGACAAAGUAAAUGUUUUUGUUCAAGAACAAUCAGAUGCAACUGAAACAUUAAAACUGUGUAGCUCCCCAGAAAAUGCUGUCAUUGCAUAUGAUUCAUCCUUUAAAUUGACAGCAAAAUUAAACCCAGACAGAAAUGAACCAGCUGAAAUUCCCCAAACUACAUUUAUCCCAGAUAUUUUACACAGCAAUGCCCAGGAGAUUAAUCGUUCAUUCUCAAUAGAUCCUGAUUUAUGGACUGAUGCUGAACAUCUUUUCACUUUGAAAGCAAGUGGUGAAAAUCCUGAUAUAUUAAGUCACUGUGACCAAGACAGUAGCUCACAGACGUCAAACAGUCCUGAUGUGUGCCAAGAACAUGAAGUCAAGCAUACAUCUGCACCAUCUUCUUGUGCUUCAGCUGGAGCUGGAGAUGAAGUGAGUCACUCGCUUCUUGCAGUGUCAAAUAUAAGCCAAGAAGCAGGGUUUGGUUUUAAACCGCUAUUAGAAACACCCGAAGUAGCAACAUAUCCUGAACAAGGCAACCCCGAAAAUAAUGAUGGGACAAAUGGUGAUGAGUCCUAUCAACUAUUAUCUUCUGAAGCUCAUGAACCUUUGGAAUUUGGCAGGGAAAAUAUCUUAAAAGAAUCUGACUUAGAAAAUAAACCAGCUGUUGUACAAAUGGGUUCAGCAAGUUCCUCUGCUGAAGAUUUGAGCAUGGCUCCUUUAACUCUUGAAGACGUGUGGUAUGAAGGUAGCACUUCUGCAAACCAUCAAGACUCAGCUUCAGCCAAUAUUGUUAGUUCUCAAAAUGAUUUAAUUGCCACCCCCUUAUCUUCUCCUGGAAGCUCUGAAGAAAGCAUAAAAGAUAUGAGUGCUGUAGCUGAAACUGGAUACAUUUCAGCUAUUGAUCACACAGCAGUGACUAAUGAUAAAUUAGAAAUAUCAGAUAUAUGUGAUAGGACUGAGACUGGUAUAGAAGUGAAUACUGAUAAUUCACCAGUCACUAACAAUCCAUUCAGGACUGUAGAAGAAGUGAGCCAAGCAUCACUGUUAGAAAGCAAACAGAUGGCAGCAAUGGAAAGGCAUACAGCCGAUAAACAAAUGCUAUCCUUAAAAGACUCACAAGAGGUUGAUAGUGAAGGUUUUACAUGUGGCUCAUUCAGUCAGCAGGCUGAUAAUGUAGUAAAAGGAUCUGAAAUCUUACUUGAAAGCCAGGCUCCUUUAUUUAAAGAAUUGCUUAAUGAACAGGCACAAAUCACAUACACUUCUCCACCUAGUGUACCAUUUGAUACAGGAGUCACUGGCAGCAGAGAGAGCACAACGGGUAAGAUUGUAUUAACACAGCAGUUUCUUGACAGUGGUGUAGUGGAAAUGCCAUUAUCUUCACAUACUCCUCAAAAAGAAGAAAUAAGCUUUUUAGAGACCAAAGGCAGCAAUACUAAUGAUCAGCUAUUUGGCACACUUGCAGAUUGUCCCAAGGAGUAUCGUGCAUCAAGAUCUUUAUCGUUAGAUUCUGAAGCAAUGCUCAAUUCAGCUGAGAUUUUGACAAGAUUAGAACAUGAAGCGGAAACAAGUAAUACUGAUUCACCACCAGAUGGAGCCCUAGGAUCGGCCCAUGAAGCUGCUGGUGACCCACAUUAUAAAGACAGUAAGCAGAGGACUUCCACUGCAAGCCUUGAGCUGAUGCAUAUAAACAGUAAGGAAGAUAUGAAGGUAGAUCAGACUGCAUUACAGAUGGAUUACAUCCUUAUGAUUAGUGAAGGAAAUACAUCUGCAAGGAAGGAUAUACCUAAAACAGAGGAAAGUGAUUUUACAUUUAACAAAGCUAACGUUACUGAACAAACAGAGUCUCAUGAAGCCUUUUCAGCUGACUCAUCGGAUACAUUUCAGUCAAUCUCCAUGAUAAAUGAAAGCGAAGGCCAUUCUGUUUUGGGGACUGAAUGGGAUUCUUUUCACUUAGCACAGAAAAGUCCUUCUAUUAUGCCUCCAAACCUGGGUGAUGAAAAGAGAUCUCCAGAAAGCUGUGGCUGGAUAGUCCUAGGACCAAAUGAAGUCAAUGAUAUAUCACCUGAAGAAAUUUUCAGCAGGACAGAGGCAAGGAACUUGGGGCCCAGACAUUCUGCAAAAGAGCUGGAGACUGUUUCAGUCCAGGAGUUGAUUCACAACAUACAAGCUGAUGUUCAGCAAGAAAAAAAUCCUCAAAAAUCAUUUGAACAAAAGGAGUAUUCUUCCUUGGAUAGUCUGAGUAAAGAGAACAAGAAUGCAAGUAUCACAGGGACAGAUGCUCUUUUAUUGCAGGUUGUCGGUGAUGACGGUGAAUGGGAAGUGUGUUCACAACAACAUCCUAGAAGUGACAUGGUAACUGAACAAGAAACAGAGGUGGAAACAGAAUUUCUCAGUCAUGAAAGAGAACCAAGCCAAAUAUCAGGAUCUGUAUCAGAGGAUGUAGGAAUGGACAUCCCCUUUGAUGAGGGCUUGAUAAGCCCCAAUGGUACAGAGAUGAGACCUGAGCCUCCUAAUUCUCUGGACCUCAAUGGCUCCCAUUCCAGAAGGAUAAAGCUUAUAGCUCCAAAUAUCAACCUUUCCUUGGACCAGAGUGAAGGGUCUAUCCUUUCUGAUGAUAAUUUGGAUACGCCAGAUGAAAUUGAUAUUAAUGUAGAUGACCUUGACACUCCAGAUGAAGCAGAUUCUUUUGAAUACCCUGGACAAGAGGACCAGACAGUCAUUAAGGAUGCUUCCCGGGAAGAGUCUGAAUCCAUUCCAGAGUAUACUGCUGAGGAAGAGAGAGAGGACAACAGGUUAUGGAGAACAGUAGUGAUUGGAGAACAGGAACAGAGGAUUGAUAUGAAAGUUAUCGAGCCUUACAAAAAGGUCAUUUCACAUGGAGGAUACUAUGGCGAUGGUCUAAAUGCCAUCAUUGUGUUUGCUGCAUGUUUCCUGCCAGACAGCAGUCGAGCUGAUUACAACUAUGUCAUGGAAAACCUUUUCCUAUAUGUAAUAAGUACCUUAGAGCUUAUGGUAGCUGAAGACUAUAUGAUUGUCUACCUGAAUGGGGCAACUCCAAGGAGAAAGAUGCCUGGACUUGGCUGGAUGAAAAGGUGUUAUCAGAUGAUAGAUCGGCGGUUAAGGAAGAAUUUGAAAUCAUUUAUAAUUGUCCACCCAUCUUGGUUUAUCAGAACAAUUCUAGCAGUGACACGACCUUUUAUAAGCUCAAAAUUCAGCAGUAAGAUACAGUAUGUCGGUACAUUGGCAGAGCUCAGUGAGCUGAUUCCAAUGGAGUAUGUACACAUACCAGACAGCAUUGUCAAGUAUGAUGAAGAGAAGUGUUAUAAGAGAAGAAUGAGACUGGAUGAAGAGCUGAGGGAAGCAUCAGAAACAGCUAAGACUAGCUGCCUCUCAAAUGAGCCGGAAAUGACUUCUAUGGAGCAGGACAUUGACAUGAAGCUGAAAGAAUGAUUUAAAGCCAUAACUUCCAGACACUCAAGAAAGAGGGUCUGCAUUUCCCUGACAUGUGGCGUGGAGGAAGAGGCAGUUUGAUCCAUUCGGCUUUGUUUUACAAUUACUCAGUGCUGUUACGAAUUCCUGAAGAAAGCCAAGGGCCCAGUCUGGUUGCCCCAGGCUUUGGAUCUAACAUGUAAUUGUGUCUGUUUUCAAUUCAAAAUGAUUAUACCGUUUUACCAACAAUAUGCCUCGUGUAAUUCAGUGAAACCCUGACAAAGCAGUAGAUUUCAUGGCUUGUCUUCAAUAUAUUCAUGUUUAUGUAUAGCAAAAAAUGGGUAUGGUUACAAUAAACAAUAGUAGCUUAGUUUGUUUUACAGCUUAGCUGUAGCUCUACUGUUUAAAAUAUUUUAAGAGUUGGUACAUGUAUUUCUCUGAAUGUGUCCAUAUCUCUUCCUCCUGCAACAUCCUUCUUAUUCAACGAGUGCCACCAAUAGCAACACAGAAUUACAUGUUUCAUCAUGCCGAAGCCUAAUUUAUUCGAAAAUAUAAUAAUCAUUAAAGAGAGAUUUUUCAGAGAGAGAGUGCUGACUAAGCAAAAGUAAUUGUUUUUUAAUUUGAGUUGAGUAUCUUUAUUUUUUUUUCAUGUCAGUCUUUUUUAAGUAGUUAAUCCUUGAAAUGGUUUUCACAUGUCCUAACAGUGUUGGUAAGAUUUUAAAAAUAUAGUGCCAGUAUUUCAAGGAUAGUUUUUUAAGUUGUGGGCCUUCAAAUGGCAUCCUUAGUUUAAGUGCAGUGUGAUGAUUAUUCCAUGUUUAUAGUUAACAUCAAGGCUUUUCUAAGGUAGUAGAUUACAUUUACAAAUCCAUAGUUUGGUGCCAUGAUCAAUUGUUAAAUACAGAUGUCAAAGUAUUUUGAGGAUAUGUUUUCAAUUAACAAAAUGAUGAUUGAAACACAGUUUGCUUUUGUACCAACCGUUGUCACUAGGAUUGGUACAAACAACAGAAAAACAGCACUUAUUCACAGCCACUGACCAUCUAUUGGUAUAUUAAAUGCCACAGUAUAUCUUUACACUAAAAAAAUGGAAAAUAACUUAAGUGUCUUGAAUGCAACAGUGUGACAGGCACUGGCUCUUUACUGGUGAACAUGGUUUUUGCAUGAGAAUGAAAGUUGAAGCCUAAAUCUGUCUGUCCCCUUUAUAAAAAGAGUGGUAGUGGCUAUAGCCCACAUCUCUUCCCCACAUCCUUUGUAAUAUCCCUUGGGUAUAUACUAGUUAUGGUUAUGCUUUAUGAUUACACAAAGGCUGGGAUAAUAGUUGCAGGUUCACAGUGAUGACUUUACAUAAAGACAUCCUUGUGAACAGUAAUUCUAGGUUCUCUGUUCAUUUCAGCAUUUACACAUGUACUAACUCAGCAUCCUGUAUUACUGACCAAAAGACAGACCAAGAGGGAGCAAAGGCUUUAUCAAAAAGCAGAAAUGAUGUGUGUUGUUCUCAGUAAAAUUCAAACUAAGAAGAGAGGCCAUUUUUUGUCCUGCAGUUCAGAAAUCCAUAUUUCAGAUGGAUGUUACAGUUUCUGUGGAAUAUCCUCUUGUUCACACAAUGAAUAAGAAUCAUUGUAUGCCCAAUUGUUCAGCUACUCUAAUGAAGACAGACAGUGUCAGAAGGACAAAAAGAUGCCAAAAGCUUUCUUAUAUGGGAUCUAACCUAAAUAUCAACACAUCAAUGGCCCUUGUUCUAUUUCAGCAUUAGUGCAUUGCAUCUGUGUUAUAUUAGACAAAUUAUUUUAUCUCAACUAAUUUUCAGUUCCUAUAAAUUUUAAUGGGGGUAAGGCCCACUCCCAAGGGAUGCUGGUGAUUAUCAACUCUUGUUAGCUUCACUGUAUUGAGCCUCAAAUUAGUGUCUGGUAGGUUGCAUGAUUUUUCAGAUACUCAAGUCUUGGCUUGUAAAUGCCUUAACGUGAUGCCCCUUAACAUGCAGAAUAUGAAGCUUUAUUUAGGCAUUAAUACUUGUGUUAAGUUCCAGUUGCUAAUUAGCUUGUUCUGGAUCUGACCUGUUGAAAACACGUAACAGCAUGAACUCAUGUCAUCUGUAGAUCUGCAGCUAAAGCCAUCUUGAAUGAACUGGAUCAUCUAGAUUACACUUGAAGGGACAGAAUUGUUCGUUGAAGGGCAAAUUCACUUUCAUUCAGGGGUUCAACAGUAGGCUUUUGCACCCAUUAAGUCCAACUUUCAGGACCUGAGUGAGGCUUAAAUGGUGCAUAGUCCUUUGGCUGAUCUUUUGCACAGGAGGGGAAUUACUAGAGGCACUUUGGUUACAUGACUAAACAAAGAUCUUCCUGUGAAUACCAGUGAGCAGACCAGUUUGCUAAUGGCAGCCCAUGAUGGCAAGAAUGCAUCUGAAACAAAUGGCAUAUUGACCUAAUAUAGAGUUGCCAGUGUGAUGGUGUGAAAGGGUCAUGAGGACUUAGAAAAAGGUGGAGUUAUCUUUUGCUUAUUAAUAUAUUUUAAAGAUAAUCUUUUUUAAUGUUCAAAUAUGGCAAUUAUAUAUUAUACUAACAGUUAUCUAUCAAUAUCUAAGGAAAAUUGGUAGUCUGUUCAAAGAGGGGUAUAGUACUUAGAACUGCACAAACAUAAUCUCUUUUAUAUUCAGAUUUUUUUCUACUACUAUCAAAAUGCUGAGAACAAAAUAUAAAUUAACAGCUACAAUUUGUUUUGGUAAUCAACCUAUGCUGACUAAAUUGUAGAUUAAGUAAUAUGAGAAUAUGUAAUAUCAUCGUAUGUACAGUAUGUAUGUAUGAUUCAGAAAUAAAAAAGCUGCAAACCAA